AUGGCGGCCGAAGCACAAGCUGCGUCUUCCUCUCCAGCUAAUGCUGUCGACGAGUCUCACGACAACGCUAUGUCUGCUCCCGAGAACGCUGUGAAUGAAGGGGAGGCAGAGGCGGAGGCGGAGGUCGAUCCUGCGGCUGAAGCUGUGAUUAACCUCACGAUUCUCCUUCCCGAUCCCGAGGCCGAAAAGAUGCAGAUUAUGGUAUCAACUCAAGAGCAAGUUCACGAGAUUCGACAGUCCAUCAUCGAUCUGCCACAAGCUUUUCAGUACACAUGCUUCCACCUCGAGUUCCAGGGCCAGAAAAUCAAUGAUUUCAUUCCUUUAGCCGAGAUUCCCGAUCUUGGCACUGAGCCGGAAUUUCGCUUGGUGCCGGACCCAUAUACCGAGAAAGAAGCUCGCAUCCAUCUGGGUAUCCUUCCGGGACUGUCGCUGUACGAGUCUGUGACCAAGAAUCUGUCGACCCAGACAGAGGGUAGCGAGGAGCAGCCCCUUGCCAAGGAUUAUGAUUUCCAGGCUACUCCCUCGAUCACCACCCUCAUCCCUGAGCCCAUUGAGCCGGCACCCAAGACGGUUAAGAUGCGUGGACACUUGCUCUACAUUGUUGUUACCACCAACGAAGGCGAGCAAUUCCAAGUCACUGCUCACGUGUCCGGCUUCUUUGUCAACAAAUCCUCCAAUGCCAAGUUCGACCCCUUCCCACGGCCUGCACCCAAGGGCCAGUCAUCGCACUCCCUGUUGAAGCUUAUCGAGCUCCUUUCGCCCUCCUUCUCCGCCACUUUCAAGAGCCUCCAGGAGCACAACGGCCAAAGGGACCCCUUGGCUACCUUCCAAAUCACCAACGCCAUCCCUAACUCGCCUUGGGCUCUGCCGUCUCCCAGCUCCACUCUCUGCACACAUUCGCCUGAUAUCACGAGGCCUCAGGAAACAUAUCUGCUGGCCGGUGUCGAUAACACCGACACAUUGCGUGACUGGAAUGAGGAGUUCCAAUCGGCAAAGGAACUGCCGAAAGAGUCCGUACAGGACCGGGUAUUCCGGGAGCGCUUGACAUCAAAGCUCUUCGCAGACUACAAUGACGCUGCUGUGAAGGGCGCAGUGUUGAUUGCCCAUGGAGAGAUUGCGCCUCUAAACCCAACAGAGACCAGAGAUGCGCAGAUCUUCGUCUACAACAACAUUUUCUAUUCUUUCGGAGCAGAUGGUGUUGGCACCUUUACCUCUGAAGGAGGCGACGAGGCCGCUCGUGUUGCCACUGGAAAGGAUGUUGCAGGUGUUCAGCUGGUCAACCAGCUGGAUAUUGAUGGCCUGUUCACGCCUGCUACUGUUGUUGUUGACUACUUGGGUAAGCGUAUCGUUGGUCAGAGCAUCGUUCCGGGCAUCUUCAAGCAGCGGGAGCCCGGCGAGCACCAGAUUGAUUAUGGUGCGGUAGAUGGCAAAGACGUUGUUGCCAUUGACGAGCGAUUCACCGCCCCAUUCUCUCAGCUUUCUAAGGCCCUCAAGGUGAAGGAACACCCUGUUUGGGACAAGGAUGGGAAGAGAUUCGACCUCGAGGCCAGCGUGGAAACUAAGGGUUUGAUGGGUACGGAUGGUCGUAAAUACGUUCUCGACCUUUACCGAAUUACGCCUUUCGAUGUCGCAUGGAGGGAAGAGACGGAAGCCGCAGAAUACCCUCACAGGAUGACAGUCCUUCGACCUGAGUUGGUGGACUCUUUCGGACGCUACAAGAUGAAGCAAUGGAUUGAUGUCGAAUUGGCCCGCCGUGCCCAACCAAAGUCGGAAGACAAUUCAGCCGAGGCCAAGGAGGAGGACAAGGAGGAGGACAAGGAGGAAACUAAGGAGGCUAAGGAGGAGGCCAAAGAUGAAGCUGAAGGCGAGGCCAAGGAAGAGAACGAAGUUGCGAAACCAGAUGCUGCCGAGGCCGAGAAGAACCAGCCCAACCUGGCUGAUUUCAAGUUCGCCCUCAACCCCGACGCUUUCAGCGGCCAGACCCCUCGCACUGAGGAAGAAAAGGCCGAGCUCGAAGCCGAUGAGCAAGAGGUCAGGGCUGCAGGAGAAUACUUGCGCGACCGAGUCAUCCCCGAGUUCCUACGCGAGCUCACUGAUUCCGACAUCAGCUUCCCCAUGGAUGGCCAGUCACUUGGUCGCAUCCUGCAUAAGCGAGGUAUCAACAUUCGAUACCUCGGAAAGAUCACGACGCUCGCUGUCAACGAUCGACUCCGAUGCCUGCGCGAAAUCUGCAUUCAGGAUAUGGUUGCUCGUGCGUUCAAGCAUGUGUCUGCCACCUAUCUGCGGUCGCUUCCCGCUCCAUUUGCGCCUUCAUGCGUGUCUCAUCUCCUAAACUGUCUUUUGGGUCAUCGAUUCAACGCCAAGCCCACAGCAGACAUCGAUUCAUCCUUCCGGGAGCUGUACUCGGACGCUGAUUUGUCGUUUGAAUCAGUCACCCCUGAGACGCUGCGAGAGGAGAUUGAACAGCAGGUCCUGAAGCGCUUCCGUUACCAACUUCCUGCCAACUGGUUCGAUGAGGUGCGCCCUGUGCAACUGCUCCGUGAUAUCUGCAUCAGAGCAGGUAUCCAGGUGCUGGCAAAGGACUACGCAUUUGAGAGCGGUGCCGCCCCUGCCGAAGCCCCUGUCAACGCUGCCCAGCCAGAGCAGACAAACGGCCAAACAAACAGUGAGACAAAGAGCAAGAAGAAGAAGAAGGCGGCAAGAGAGAGCUCGCCAACAACUCCCCCAGCCCCUGAGGUGGUUACUACCUUUACCCCUGACGAUGUUCUGAACGUCGUGCCGGUAGUCAAGCACUCGUGCCCCCGAAGCUCUCUUGCUGAGGAGGCCCUAGAGGCGGGACGUAUCUCCAUCCUUCAGAACCAGAAGAAGCUUGGACAGGAGCUGCUCCUGGAAUCUCUGUCCCUUCACGAGCAGAUCUACGGCAUCCUGCACCCAGAAGUGGCAAAGGUCUACAACAGCCUGUCGAUGCUGUAUUAUCAGCUCGAUGACAAGGAAGUCGCCGUUGAGCUGGCUAGGAAGGCCAUUAUCGUCUCCGAGCGCACUGGCGGCGUUGACUCGGCUGAAACGCUGCUCAACUACUUGAACCUCAGUCUCUUCUUGCACCAGGUUGGCGACAGCAAGUCAGCCCUGGCCUAUUCCAUCCACGCGCUGAAGCUGUGGAAGAUCAUCUAUGGACCUGGUCACCCAGACUCGAUCACAACCAUCAACAACGCAGCCGUCAUGCUGCAAGGUGUCAAGGCUUACCACGAGUCCCGACUCUGGUUCGAAGAGUCAUUGCGCGUGUGUGACUCCGUCUUUGGCAGACAGUCCAUCAACUCUGCCACUCUCCUGUUCCAGUUGGCGCAGGCCCUCGCCCUCGACCACGACUCCAAGGCGGCCGUCAACAGGAUGCGAGAGUCGUACAACAUCUUCCUCGCCGAGCUGGGUCCGGAAGACAAGAACACCAAGGAAGCCGAAAGCUGGCUGGAGCAGCUGACUCAGAACGCGGUUUCCAUUGCCAAGCACGCCAAGGAUGUGCAGGCCAGGCGUCUUCGAUCGGGCAUCAAAUUCCCCGUUGCAACAGCCGCACAGACUGCCGGCGUCGUACCGCAGCGUGGUGCGGCAUCUCAGAUCGAUUCCCGCAGCAUCGACGAGCUCCUGAAAUUCAUCGAGGGCGACACAUCCAAGACUGGUUCCAAGAAGCGACCUGGACGCGGAAACCCCAAGAGACGAGGAGCGACGAAAUAA